AGUGCAGCCGAUAGCAAGGCUGCACCCCCAAGCUAUCCUCCUCCCUUCAUUCCCAAGCAACGAACUUCCAUAACAAAACCAUCCUCCAUCGAUCCUCCUCGCCCAGCUCUCCUCGAAAUGGCUCUCAGCAGCACCGUCAUUGCUUCUAUUAACUUCGUGGCUAUGCUGCUCUCCAUCCCAGUCAUUGCAGCCGGCAUCUGGCUCUCCGUGCAAACCGAUAACUCCUGCGUCAAACUCCUCCAAUGGCCGGUCAUCGUCCUGGGCAUCGCGAUCCUUGUCGUGGCCUUCGCAGGCUUUGUGGGUGCCUUCUGGCGCAUGCCGUGGCUCCUCCUCUUCUACCUCGUCGCCAUGUUCGUCCUCAUUCUUCUGCUCGCGAGCUUGGUGAUAUUUAUCUACGUCGUCACCAACCGUGGGGAAGCCCACCUUGCCCCAGGCAGGGUCUACUUGGAGUACCGGCUCGAGGACUACUCGGGGUGGCUUCGACAAAGAGUCCAGGGCUCCCAUAAGUGGGAUCGGAUCAAGAAGUGUCUUAGCUCGACUUCCACAUGCGCUGAGUUGAACCAAACUUAUAGAGAGGCCCAGGAUUUCUUCAAUGCAAGGAUCAGUCCCCUAGAGUCAGGAUGCUGCAAGCCACCAACCCAAUGUGGGUAUACAUUCGUGAACCCAACAUACUGGAUCAGCCCAAUCAGCAUCACAUUCGACAUGGACUGCGUCCUGUGGAGUAACAACCAGACACAGCUCUGCUACUCGUGUUCCUCAUGCAAGGCAGGUCUCCUGGCCAACCUUAGGAAGGAAUGGAGGAGGGCAGAUCUGAUCUUAGUGGUCACUCUGCUGGCCCUCAUCUGUGUCUUCGUGAUGGGUUGCUAUGCCUUACGGACUACCAGAACUGGUGAGCUCUUCCGGAGAUACAAGCAAGGUUACACAUAGUAUAUGUAUGAUGGUCGUAGGGCAAUACACUAAGGUACUGCAAUGUAUAUGGAAGUGAGAUUUUGGUGGGACGAAGGUUGCGUGGUGAGUGUGGUGAUAAGGAUUGGUUGUGGUGGGAAGGGAAUAAAGGUGAAAUUCAGAUAAGACUAAUUGAGAGACGAUGGAUAGGAGAUUCCCUGAAGUUACUGCAUAGAAGGGUGUGGAUGUGUAAAGCAGCCUUCUAUAGCGGGGCACCGAAUAUUUGCUUUGCUUGUUUAAUUAUGCAUGACUCCGUGCUGCAGCUGGUGAUCUUUGAUCCUUGAAGUCACAAUGUUUUAAUUGUUUUUGCCAUAUGACAUGUCGCUAUAUCUAAGUCUCUGAUUGAUGUUUCUUUCAUUUAAUGAAAGCUUUUUUUAUU